UAUUUAUUCGUUCAGUGCUUUCCAUUCCUGCAAAUUUCAUAGCCUGCUAUUUGCGAGAGAGAGAGUUUUUGGACGAACCCAUUGCUGCAGUAAUUGAAUUUGAUGCGCAUAGCUAGCGAGAGUGUUCAAGAACUUGGAGAUGGCUGAAUCAGACGGACCUCAGAAUCACUCUCCUAACCUUCCUUCUAAUGGCGCCAAGGAUUUCAUUGGCAAGUCCUGUAAGGGCUGCCUCUAUUACUCUUCACUUCAGAAAUCCAAAUCUAAAUCUCCCACCUGUGUUGGACUCUCCAAAACCCUCGAACAAGUACCAAACUACAUAGUGGGAGAAACCGAGCAGGAAGCUUCAAAAGAGGGAAGAAGUCUAACAGAUUUCAAGUAUGCUUGCGUUGGUUACUCUGUCUACUUAGAAAAGAAAGGUUCAUCAAACGACGAGCAAAACAAACAAGCUGAGCUGCCGUUCUGCGUCGGUUUAGAGGUAUUGUUGGACAAAAGACCUGCGGAACAGUCCCAAGCUCAUUUACAUAAUAAAACUGAAGAUAGCCCCGCCUUUCCACAGCCACGCAGCUAUAAACCGUCGUAUCCAGCUGGAGACGAGUACCUAAACAGGUUUAAAAGAAACGCAGCCCUUGUUGCAUCAGGUGUAGCAAGAAAUGUGAACCGAGUUUGCAACUACAUAAAAGAGAGCUUCGACGAUAUCUUAUACCCUUACCGGAGACGACCCACAGAUAGCCCCGCCUUUCCACAGCCACGCAGCUAUAAACCGUCGUAUCCAGCUGGAGACGAGUACCUAAACAGGUUUAAAAGAAACGCAGCCCUUGUUGCAUCAGGUGUAGCAAGAAAUGUGAACCGAGUUUGCAACUACAUAAAAGAGAGCUUCGACGAUAUCUUAUACCCUUACCGGAGACGACCCAAAUGAGGUACGGUUGUCCACGGAUUACUAGAAUAAACAAGAGUCGUUACAAUAGUAGUUUGUCGAAUCCCGACAUCGCCCGAUCAUGUGAAAUAUUGAUCAAGUUCUUAUCUUUCUUACAACUGUGUAGAGAUGGGCAUGGGUGUAAUAAAUAAUGUGAUGAAUUUAAUCAUCUUUAAGGAUUGUUCAUGCUUGUUCUUAGUUUUUCAAUUCAUUUUGAUGAGAUAUUAUGUUACUUCAUGAAAGUAAAA